AUGCUGUUACUUCUGAAAUGCAGCAGAUAUGGACAAUGCAAAAGGAGCAGCGCUUCUUACUUCGACCUGUCGCCUGCUCCGCCCUCGUCCAGAAAAUUGAGCUGGUCGAAGAGCACGCGGGGGUUACAUACGUGCGCAAAAACGGGCAGUUUAUUGAAAAUUCGCAAGCAACGACAACCUAAUCUCAAUUAA